GGCACCCAGAUGGUAUCUCCUGGUGUGAAAGAAGCGCCCCUCCCAUUAUCCACCCGCGUGGUACAGCUGGUGACAGGGGGGCAUCAGCUGUGCCAGUCCCUGCAGGCUGGCACCCGAGUCGCCUGGCAGUGCCAAUAAAACUCCUCGCUCGCCGCUCGCGCCCAUAACGCCUCAUAAACGCUGAGCUGUCUUCCUGUACGGAAAAAUAAGGAUCGUUAUCUCCCCGGUUCCUUUCGGAUUGCCUUUCCAUCGAUGAUACCAAGGGAUGCUGGCAGAGCAGCGGGAGAGCAGUAGGGCCAGCUUUGGCCUGAAGAAGCCGCUGAAGAUGAACAUGGUGAAAAGGAUCAUGGGGCGGCCGCGGCAGGACGAGUGCAGUCCUCAGGACAACGCGCUGGGCCUCAUGCACCUGCGCCGCCUCUUCUCUGAGCUGUGCCACCCGCCACGUCACAUGACCCAGAAGGAGCAGGAGGAGAAGCUCUACAUGAUGCUGCCCGUCUUUAACAGGGUGUUUGGGAACGCUCCUCCAAGCUCCAUGCACGAAAAGUUCUCAGACCUGCUGCAGUUCACCACUCAGGUGUCCAGACUAAUGGUGACCGAGAUCAGACGGAGAGCGUCUAAUAAAUCUACAGAGGCAGCCAGCAGGGCCAUUGUGCAGUUUCUGGAGGUGAAUCAGAGCGAAGAGGCAAGUCGUGGUUGGAUGCUCCUGACCACCAUCAACCUGUUGGCCUCCUCUGGCCAGAAAACAGUGGACUGCAUGACCACCAUGUCAGUUCCCUCUACACUGGUAAAAUGCCUGUACCUCUUCUUCGACCUGCCCCACAUGCCCGAGGUUCCCGGUGCCACUCAGACUGAACUGCCUCUCGCAGACCGCCGAGCUCUGCUGCAGAAGGUCUUCGUUCAAAUCUUGGUGAAGCUGUGCGGUUUCGUGUCUCCGGCUGAAGAACUGGCGCAGAAGGAUGACCUGCAGCUGCUCUUCAGCGCCAUCACGUCCUGGUGUCCUCCUCAUAACCUGCCCUGGAGGAAGAGCGCCGGCGAGGUGCUCAUGACAAUCUCCAGACACGGCCUCAGCGUCAACGUCGUCAAAUACAUCCACGAGAAAGAAUGCCUAUCGACAUGCAUCCAGAACAUGCAGCAGUCAGACGAUCUCUCACCGCUGGAGAUUGUGGAGAUGUUUGCCGGGUUGUCUUGCUUCCUGAAAGACUCCAGCGACGUGUCUCAGACCCUAUUAGACGAUUUCCGCAUGUGUCAGGGCUAUACAUUCCUGACAGACCUCAUGCUCAGAUUGGAGCAGGCCAAAGAGGAUGAAUCCAAAGAUGCUCUAAAGGACCUUGUGAACUUGGUGACUGCUUUGACCACGUAUGGCGUGAGUGAUCUGAAACCCGCCGGCCUGACCACCGGGGCACCCUUCCUGCUGCCUGGCUUUGUGGUCCCACAGCCUUCUGGGAAAGGUCACACUGUCAGGAACAUUCAAGCCUUCUCCGUACUUCAGAACGCCUUCCUGAAGGCCAAGACUGGCCGGCUCGCCCGCAUGGUCCUGGACGCUGUGGCAAACAUUUACUCCGCCGACCACGCCAACUACUUCAUCUUGGAGUCCCAGCACACACUGUCCCAGUUUGCUGAGCGAGUGCCGCGCCUGCCCGAGGUCCAAGUCAAAUACUUUGAGCUGCUCGAGUUUGUGGUGUUCGCGCUUAACUACGUCCCCUGCAAGGAGCUGUUUAGCGUUAGCGUCUUGCUGAAGUCAAGCACGUCUUACGGAUGCAGCAUCACAGCCACACGUACCCUGCUGAAGCUCAGCCGGCAUCACGUGGUGUUCAGUGACGUUUUCCGUGAAGUCGGUCUGCUCGAGGUGCUCGUCAACCUGCUGCAUAAGUAUGCAGCUCUGCUAAAAGAGCCAGCACAAGGCCACGGAGAACAGGGUGAUUCCAAGAACAAUGUGGCAGAGGAGCAGAAACAGCUGGCGUGGCUGGUCAUGGAGACCCUUACAGUCCUCCUUCAGGGCUCUAACACCAAUGCAGGUCUGUUCCGGGAGUUUGGCGGAGCCCGCUGCGUGCACAACAUAGUAAAAUACCGGCAGUGUCGCGAGCAUGCGUUGAUGAUUAUCCAGCAGCUGGUGCUCUCACCCUCUGGAGAAGACGACAUGGGCACACUGCUGGGCCUCAUGCACUCUGCACCUUCCUCUGAGCUGCAGCUCAAAACCGACAUACUGCGGGCGCUGCUGGCUGUGCUGCGUGAAAGUCAUCGUUCUCGCACUGUGUUCAGGCGUGUUGGUGGCUUUGUCUAUGUUACAUCACUGUUGGUGGCCAUGGAGCGCAUGCUGGGCAGCGGCACACGGGCCGAGCCAGAGCCGAGCGGGCCGCUGGAGCUGCUGCGCGCUGUCUUCCGCACUCUGACAGCCGCCAUGCGCUACGAGCCGGCCAACGCGCACUUUUUCCGCACUGAGGUGCAGUAUGAGAAGCUGGCUGACGCUGUGCGUCUGCUUGGCUGUUUCUCUGAUGCUAAGAAGCUCGCCCCGGUGACUACCGUGCCCUGCAACGCCAUGGCCUCUAACGCCCAGGUCUUUCAGAGGCUCCUGGAGGACGAGGAGGUGUCUGAGGAGAGCGUGUGCCCACAACUGGCUUACUGCGCCAAGCUCUUUGUCUACCUCUACAAAAUGGCCACCGACUCCUUUGACAGUCGUGCCGAGCAGGUGCCUCCCUGCCUGACUCACGAGACCUCGCUCCCCUCUCCUUGGGGCACGCCAGCACUCACCAGGAAGAGACACGGCUACCACAGUUCCUCCAACACAGCUCCAACCAAAAACAUCACAGACUUAAAGCUGCACCUGGGGAACCCCUCUCAGCAUGCCUCCGAUCCUGUGGUUAUUCAUGCGGGGGCUGUCCUGGCCAUGCUGGACCUGCUGGCCUCCAUCGGCUCAGACACCCACCCUGAGCAUGCCUUGGAGUUGCAGUUGGCGGUGGCGAAUGUGCUGCAGUUGUUGGUACACUCUGAGAGGAACCAGCAGGUGCUGUGUGAGUCAGGUCUGCCAUCACGCCUGCUACAGCGCUGCAGCUGCGCCAUGAGUGACGAGGAGCACACACUACACCAACCACUGCAGAGGACCUUCGAGAGGCUCGCCUCACAGAACCUGCAGCCCAUGGCUCUCCGGGAGUUUUUGCGUUUAGGAAAUCCUUUAAAUUGUGGUGCCUGGGACAAAAAGCUUCUGAAGCAGUAUCGGGUUCACAAGCCAAGUUCCCUGAGUUAUGAAGCUGAAGCAAGAAACAGCAUGACCGCAUCUAUGGAGGGCUUGGGGAUGGACAGCGUGUUUGCGGUGAGCGAGGAGAGCGGUCCGUACCGCAUCAGCCGCAGCUUGGUGCGCUCAGCUGAAGCCAGCGCCGUGCCCCUGACACGCGUCAAGUGUCUAGUGUCCAUGACAACGCCGCACGAUAUCAUCCGCCUGCACGGCUCUGCCCUCACGCCAGCCUUCGUCGAGUUUGAUACAGCGCUCGAGGGUUUUGGGUGUUUGUUUUUACCAAGCCUAGCUCCUCACAACGCACCAUCCAACAACACCAACACAUCUGGAGUGAAUGAUGGGGCUGUAGUCAGUGGCAUGGGCAGCGGUGAACGGUUGUUUCCUCCUCCAUCGGGCCUCAGUUACUCCACCUGGUUCUGUGUGGAGCAUUUCAGCACAUCUCCACACACCCACCCAGUGCGUUUACUAACCGUUGUGAGGAGAGCCACGGCAUCCGAGCAGCACUACGUCUGUCUGGCCAUCGUGCUCUCCGCCAAAGACCGCUCACUCAUCGUCUCCACCAAAGAGGAGCUGCUGCAGAGCUACGUGGAUGACUUCAGCGAGGAGUCUUCGUUCUAUGAGCUGCUGCCGUGCUGCGCCCGUUUCCGCUGCACUGACCUCAUCAGCGAGGGCCAGUGGCACCACCUGGUGCUGGUCAUGAGCAAAGGGAUGCUGAAGAACAGCAUGGCUACACUCUACAUCGAUGGCCAGCUGGUCAACACGGUCAAGCUCCAUUAUGUACACAGUGUGCCUGGUGGCUCUGGGGCUGCCAACGCUCCUGUGGUGAGCACGGUGUACGGCUACAUCGGGACUCCUCCUGCUCAGCGGCAGCUCUCCUCUCUGGUGUGGCGUUUAGGACCUACACACUUCCUGGAAGAAGUGCUGCCUGCUGCCAGCGUGAGCACCAUUUAUGAGCUCGGGCCUAACUAUGUGGGCAGCUUCCAGGCCGUCUAUUUGCCAUGUAAAGACUCGAAGACUGAAGCUGUUCCUCCAUGUCCUGUAUCCCUGGUUCCAGAGGAGAAAGUGUCCUUCAGUCUCUACGCGCUCUCCGUCUCCUCCCUCACCGUGGCCAAGAUCCGCAAGGCCUACAACAAACUGGACAGCAAGGCCAUCGCCAAACAGCUGGCAGUCUCCUCUCAUGAGAACGCCACUCCAGUGAAGCUCAUCCACAACGCUGCAGGCCAUCUGAUCGGACCUGCCAGGACCAUCGGCGCUGCUGUAAUAGGCUACCUGGGUGUGAGAGCCUUUGUGCCCACCCCAGUGGCCACCACACUGCAGUAUGUGGGUGGUGCUGCCGCCAUCCUUGGCUUAGUGGCCAUGGCAUCAGACGUGGAAGGGCUGUAUGCAGCCGUCAAAGCUCUGGUGUGUGUGGUCAAGAGCAACCCGCUGGCCAGUAAAGAGAUGGAGCGCAUCAGAGGCUACCAGCUGCUGGCCAUGCUGUUGAAGAAGAAGCGCUCACUACUAAACAGCCACAUCCUGCACCUGACCUUCUCCUUAGUGGGCACGGUAGACAGCGGCCACGAGACUUCCAUCAUUCCCAACUCCACCGCCUUCCAAGACCUGCUCUGUGACUUGGAGGUGUGGCUGCACGCGCCAUAUGAGCUGCACCUGUCUCUCUUUGAGCACUUCAUUGAACUCCUGACUGAAUCCAGUGAGGCUGCUAAAAACGCUAAGCUCUUGCGAGAGUUUCAGCUGAUCCCCAAACUGCUGCUGACGUUGAGGGACCAAACGCUGUCUCAGAAUACAGUGGCUGCCAUCAGCAAUGUGCUCAGCCUGCUUCUGCAGGGCUUCCCCAACUCUUACGACCUCCUCCGGUUUGGCCAGUUCAUUUCAUCCACUUUGCCCACGUUUGCAGUCUGUGAGAAGUUUGUGGUCAUGGAGGUUAAUAAUGAGGAGAAGGUUGAUGGAGGAAAUGAAGAGGAUUUUGGAGGGCUGCUCUCCUCCAACGUAAUCCUGCUACGCAAUCGACUGCUAGACAUCCUGCUUAAACUGCUUUUCAGCUCCAAGGAGAAAUGCAUCGUUAAUGCACAGGCAUGUGAGGAGCUCGUUCGCACGCUGGGAUUUGAUUGGCUGCUGAUGUUCAUGGAGGAACACAUUCACUCGAGUACAGUGACUGUGGCACUUUGGAUUCUGGUGGUGUUGCUGAGCAAUCAGAGCAUCCUCAGUCGCUUUAAAGAGGGUCUGUGUGGAGGAGGCUGGCUCGAGCACACCGAUUCGGUGCUCACUAACAAGAUCGGCACUGUGCUCGGGUUUAAUGUGGGUCGCAGUGCAGGCGGCAAGUCCACUGUACGUGAGAUAAACCGUGACGCCUGUCAUUUCCCAGGAUUCCCUGUGCUGCAGACGCUGCUGCCCAAACACACCAAUGUGCCUGAGCUUUACUUUCUGCUCAUGGCGCUCUUUCUGCAGCAGCCUGUCACUGAGCUGCCUGAGAGCCUGCAGGUACAUUUUGACCUGGACUCCAUCUGGACGUUCAUCUUUGGGGUUCCAGCCUCCAGUGCCACGGUGGUGGGCUCCAUCCACAACGUGUGUACCGAGGCAGCCUUCCUCCUUCUGGCUAUGCUGCGCAGCAUGCUGAACCUGCCUUGGCAGUCAGAGGAGGAAGGCUCUUGGCUCAGGGAAUACCCCGUCACACUGAUGCAGUUUUUCCGUUACCUCUAUCACAACGUGCCCGACCUGGCACCCAUGUGGCACAGCCCAGAUUUCCUGUGUGCCCUCGCAGCUGCCGUCUUCCCCUUCAAUAUCCGACCCUACUCCGAGAUGGUCAGUGAUUUGGAUGAUGAAGCCAGCUCACCAACUGAAGAAUUCAAAGCCUUCGCAGGAGACACGGGCAUGAACCGCAGCCAAUCAGAGUACUGUAAUGUGGGGUCCAAGACCUACCUGACCAAUCACCCGGCCAAGAAAUAUGUGUUUGAUUUCAUGAGGGUGUUGAUCAUGGAGAACCUGUGUAUGACUCCUGCCACCAAGCAGACGCCUAUUUUAGACCUGCUACUGGAGUCCUCACCCGAACGUUCGACCAGAACGCAGCAGAAAGAGUUCCAGUCCUACAUCCUGGAUGGUGUGAUGGAGCAUCUCCUUGCUGCCGAUGUGCUUCUAGGAGAAGACGCAUCAAUGCCCAUCACGACUGGAGGAAAUUACCAGGUCCUGGUCAACAACGUGUUUUACUUUGCCCAGCGGGUGGUGGACAAACUGUGGCAGGGCAUGUUCAAUAAGGAGUCCAAACUGGUGGUGGAGUUCAUAGUGCAGCUGAUCAGCCAGGCAAAGCGAAGGUCUCAGGGAUUGUCACUGGAUUGCAUCUAUCACUGCCUGAAUCGCACCGUACUGUAUCAGCUCUGUCGACCGCAUAAGACCGUUCCCCAGCAGGUGGCGCUGCUGGACUCGCUGCGUGUGCUAACAGUAAACCGCAACCUGGUGCUAGGACCCGGAAACCAUGACCAUGAAUUUGUGGCCUGUCUUGCGCACUGUUUAAUCAAUCUACACACUGGCAGUAACGUGGAAGGGUUUGGGCUGGAGGCUGAAGCUCGGAUGACCACCUGGCAUGUCAUGAUGCCAUCAGAGAACGAGGCUGAUACACAGCAGAGCCAGGAUGUCAGCGAGGGUCGUCAACUGCUGCUAAAGGCAGUGAACCGGGUGUGGACUGAGCUGAUGCACAGUAAGAGACAGAUGCUGGAGGACAUUUUUAAAGUCUCUCUUCCUGUCAACGACCGAGGACACGUGGACAUCGGCACUGCCCGUCCUGCGCUAGAGGAACCAGCAGCCAAGAGCUGGCAGAACCACCUCGCCCAUGAGAAGAAGUGUAUCAGCAGGGGCGAGGCUGUGGCCCCAGCAAAUCAGUCCAAACUGUCUCGGGUGAGCAGUGGAUUUGGCCUGUCCAAGCUCACAGGCGCCCGGCGGAGCAAGAAAGAGAGCGGCAUGAACAAGAACAAUCUCUCAGCACAGGAAACCUUCCAGUGGAUGUUCACACAUAUUGCAGUGGUGCGGGAUCUAGUGGCCAUGCAGUACAAAGAGUACCAAGAGAGGCAGCAGAAUGCACUGAAGUAUGUGACUGAUGAAUGGGCAGCAAUCGAGUACGAGUUACUACGUGAGCGAGGUCUUUGGGGCCCUCCUAUUGGCUCACACCUAGACAAGUUCCAGCUGGACAUGACCGAGGGGCCCUGUCGAAUGAGGAAGAAGAUGGUUCGCAAUGAUCUGUUUUAUAUCCAUUACCCUUACGUGCCUGACAACGAGCCUAACAACAGCUCUCAGACGUCUUUUCCAGUACCCUUGUUGGGGGCAGCGGGCUGUGUCCCAGUUCAGAAGCCGGUGCGUUACCGGAGAGCCAUCAGCUACGACAGUAAGGAGUACUACAUGCGCUUGUUGUCGGGAAACCCGGGCAUGUACCAGCACUCCAUCCAGCAGAGCACAGAGGGAGAAAGCACACAGCAGGAACCAGAGCACGGCGAAGACACCAUCGCAAGGGUCAAAGGUCUUGUAAAAGCUCCUCUGAAGCGUUCUCGCUCCACAGCGGAUGGCGGAGAUGAGGACGGCCCAGAGCAGCUACAGGAGCUGCUGGAGUGUGGAGCUGUAGAUGAGGAGCAGAAGACGGACAACACCACCCUGCUCCGCCUGCUGGAGGAGGGAGAAAAGAUUCAGCACAUGUACCGUUGUGCUCGGGUCCAAGGGCUGGACACCAGUGAAGGGCUGCUGCUGUUUGGCAAAGAACAUUUUUACGUGAUUGACGGCUUCACUAUGACCGUCUCCAGAGAGAUCAGAGACAUCGAGACGCUUCCUGCAAACAUGCACGAGCCAAUUAUCCCCAAAGGAGCCCGACAAAGCCAGAGUCAGCUGAAACGGACCUGCAGCAUCUUUGCAUACGAAGACAUCAAGGAGGUGCACAAGCGUCGCUAUCUGCUCCAGCCAAUGGCAGUAGAGGUGUUUUCAGGCGAUGGGCGAAAUUACCUCUUGGCUUUUCAGAAGGGAGUCAGGAACAAGGUCUAUCAGAGGUUUUUGGCAGUUGUUCCCUCAUUAGCAGACAGCUCAGAGUCAGUCUCUGGUCAGCGGCCCAACACUAGUGUAGAGCAAGGAUCGGGUCUUCUCAGCACUUUGGUUGGAGAGAAAUCAGUAACACAGCGGUGGGAGAGAGGAGAGAUCAGCAACUUCCAGUAUCUGAUGCACCUGAACACACUGGCCGGCAGAUCCUACAAUGACUUGAUGCAGUACCCGGUCUUCCCCUGGAUCCUGGCUGACUAUGACUCUGAGGAACUGGACCUUAAUAAUCCAAAGACAUUCCGUAACCUGUCCAAGCCCAUGGGUGCUCAGACGGAUGACCGGCUGAUUCAGUACAAAAAGAGAUUCAAAGACUGGGAGGAUCCUAAUGGUGAGACCCCAGCGUAUCAUUACGGAACUCAUUACUCCUCAGCCAUGAUCGUGGCAUCUUAUUUGGUGAGAAUGGAGCCUUUCACACAGAUCUUCCUCCGACUGCAGGGGGGCCACUUUGAUCUGGCUGAUCGGAUGUUCCACAGCGUGCGCGAAGCCUGGCUUUCUGCCUCCAAACACAACAUGGCCGAUGUCAAGGAGCUCAUACCAGAGUUCUUCUACCUCCCCGAAUUCCUGCUCAACUCCAAUAACUUUGACUUAGGAAGUAAACAGAACGGCACUAGACUGGGAGACGUGAUCUUGCCUCCAUGGGCCAAAGGAGAUCCAAGAGAGUUCAUCAGGGUUCACAGACAGGCGUUAGAGUGCGACUAUGUCAGUGCCCACCUGCAUGAAUGGAUUGACCUCAUAUUCGGCUACAAACAGCAGGGCCCUCCAGCAGUGGAGGCUGUAAACGUGUUCCACCAUCUCUUCUAUGAGGGCCAAGUGGACAUCUACAACAUCAACGACCCUCUGAAAGAGACGGCCACCAUCGGCUUCAUCAACAACUUCGGCCAGAUCCCCAAGCAGCUGUUUAAGAAGCCUCAUCCCCCUAAGCGCGUACGCAGCAAGUCGAACGGCGAGAUCCCCAGCAUGGCCGCGUCCAUUAACUCCACUGCAGACAAGAUCUUCUUCCACCAUCUAGACAACCUGCGGCCUUCUCUCGCUCCUGUUAAAGAGCUGAAGGAGCCUGUGGGUCAGAUAGUAUGCACUGAUAAGGGCAUUCUGGCUGUAGAGCAGAACAAAGUGCUGGUUCCUCCUGCCUGGAAUAAGACAUUUGCCUGGGGCUAUGCAGACCUCAGCUGCCGGCUGGCCAACUACGAGUCUGACAAGGCUGUGAUUGUGUACGAGUGUCUGUCCGAAUGGGCUCAGAUCUUAUGUGCUAUCUGUCCAAACCCCAAACUGGUGAUUACUGGUGGCACAAGCACAGCUAUCUGCGUUUGGGAGACGAGUCCUUCCAAAGAAAAGGCCAAAACCCUCACACUCAAACAGGCUCUGCUGGGACACACAGACGCUGUGACGUGUUUGACGGCGUCCUCUGCCUAUCACAUUGUAGUGAGUGGCUCUCGGGACCGAACCUGCAUCAUCUGGGACCUGAAUAAACUGUCGUUUGUCACACAGCUGAGAGGACACCGUGCUCCAGUGUCUGCGCUCUGUAUAAAUGAGCUCACUGGAGAUAUUGUGUCCUGUGCUGGAACAUACAUCCACAUAUGGAGCAUUAAUGGCAACCCCAUCGCUAGUGCCAACACAUUCACCGGGCGCAGCCAGCAGAUCCUGUGCUGCUGUGUGUCUGAGAUGAACGAAUGGGACACACAGAACGUCAUCAUCACAGGACACUCAGACGGUGUCGUCAGGUUCUGGAGAAUGGAGUUCCUGCAAGUCCCAGAAACCCCUGCACCCGAGCCAGUCGAGCCUCCAGAGGUUCCAGACUGCUGUUCAGAGGAGAAAAUCGAUGGGCGUGAAGCUGCAGACGAGGACAGCAGCGAAUCAGAAGCCGAGGAGGCCGGUGUGAGUCAGGAAUGUAAAACACAGGCACCAAACAGUCAGCCUGGGAGUGGCUCUCACAGGCCCAAGCCUCCACGCACCAGCUUGGAGGACUCGGGUCGUUGGUCUGACUCACUCAGCGUCGAUGAGAAGGACGGGUUUGUGUUCGUGAACUACUCGGAGGGCCAAGCCAGGCCUGCCAAUCCACCCACUAACCCCCACACCAACCCGCAAUCCAUGCCACAGCCCCUGCAGCCCAGCAACAUGGAGCCACGACCCUACAACAAACUCAGAGCGGGCUACAGAUGGGAGAGACAGCUGGUGUUCCGGAGUAAACUCACCAUGCACACAGCUUUUGACCGCAAGGACAAUGCUCAGCCAGCUGAAAUCACAGCCCUCACCAUCUCAAAAGACCACAGUAAGGUGGUGGUGGGCGAUGGGCGUGGCCGCGUCUUCAGCUGGUCGGUGAGUGAACAGCCGGGACGCUCUGCCGCCGAUCACUGGGUGAAAGACGAGCAGGUGGAGGGCUGUUCAGCGUGUGCUGUGCGCUUCUCACUCACCGAGAGACGCCACCACUGCAGGAACUGCGGCCAGCUCUUCUGCCAGAAGUGCAGUCGCUUCCAGUCCGAGAUCAAGCGGUUGAAGAUAUCCUCUCCCGUUCGUGUGUGUCAGAACUGUUACUACAACCUGCAGCAUGAGCGGGCCUCAGAGGAAGGGUCCAAAAACUAAAAGCAUCACCCAUCACUCAAAUACUCCCACUGACCUGUACCUUCCUUUACAGAACUUACUUGACCACAAAUCACGGACUUAGGCUAAAAUCAAAUCACUAAUGUUCCUUAUUUCAGAUCACUGGUAGUCAUUUUUCUUGUCAACGUUAGCAUUUUCCAUAAACUGCUAAACAUUUUAGAUUUUAGGAACAAAAACUUGUGCAAAACAAGAUGAAGUUUGUUAAUAUUGUAAAUAGCAAAAUGGCCUUUUUAACUAGAACUGAAAAGUCAUUAUUAAGAGAGAAAGAAGAAAACAUUUUGCCUGUAACAUAGCAUUAUAACAUACCACUCCUGACUUUAAAACUACUAAAAAAAACUAAAGCAGUUAUGUGUAGUCGGUGUCAUGAGGCACAGCAUCCCGGCGGGAAUAAUAUCGGGGACUAUGAAUGUUAAUAAUAAAUGUUUGUGGGUUGGCAUUAUUACCGUGUCUAGUUAUGCAAAUAAUUUUGUUUACAAUGUGUUAACGUUGAUGUGUUGCCCACAGUAUCAAAGCCGCUGCCAGUAGUUCAUAGAAAUAGUGUUUUUUUGUCUUUUUUUUUUUUGUUGUUGCCAAAUUGCCUUUAAUACUUUUAACAUAUUUAUGAACAAAAGGACAUUUUGUUAUUUUUGAAUCCCACACAUGCCUUCUUUAGAAUUCCCAGCUAUUUAAUGUAAUCUUAAUUUCAUAACAUAUCAUGAUAUGUUUAUAUGAAAUGCACAUCUGGAACUUUACACUAUUUCAUUAUUGUUUUUUGGAAAUGGAGGCUAAUGGGGGAUAUUUACAUUUAACAUUGUCUUGUUCACUACUAAAUGUGAUAUGAGCUAGCUUUAAUAUUUCUCUCCGACACUAAUGCAACUCUGAGAAAAUCAACUUUGAAAAUGACAUUUUAAAUAUCAACGUCACUGACGACUUCUUUUUAAAAUAUGCCAGAAGAACUGUAACUCUCCCGUUUGCUUGAUGUGUUUGAGGAAUAACUUGUGUGCCUCAGUCUUGGAACAUUUCAAGACUGUACCAGAGAAUUCAGUGUUUUAUUGUUAGAAAGGGAUUUGACCUUUUGUUGUUGAAAAACUGGAAUCGUGUUUUCAUAAUACAUGAAAUGAUGACAUUAUAUGAGACUUUAUAUUUUCUUUAAUAUCUGUUGUAUUUCUUCAGUGGUACUGUGGGCAAUACUGCAUUGAAAGUGCUGCUUUGAUAAUUAGGAAGAGACGUAUUUUCUUUUUCUUUUAAAAAUUAGAAACAAAUCACUUUAAAGCAAGAAAUAUUACGUGUGCACAUGUCCUUUAUUCAUAUUCUUCCCCAUACAUUGCCAUACAGUUGAAUCUGCACUCAUUAUGAUAAGAAUUAUGAUUACUGUAAAUUAGUGUGCAAUCAUAACAUCAAAACUCAAAGGCCAGAUGGCUAUAUCAAUUAUUUUCGCACCUUUACAUGUACAAAAAAAAAAGAAUGAUUAUGGUUUUAUCAAUGCAUUUUUAUGUUGUAUGCUAUCAUUUUAAAGUGGUUUGUUCCUUUACAGCAAGAUGAACUGUACAAAGUAUUUAUGCAAUUAUAAUGUUUCCUUUUUUAUGAUUAUUGUACAUUUUUCAGCAAGUUGGGUUACUUGUUGCAUGUCUAACACAGCUGACUUUCUGUGUCAGUGCAUUGUACAUGUUUGGCAUUAUAACUUUUUUUUUCAUAAUUUCUAUGGCAUUAUUAAAUGAUUUGAUUAUAAAGCCCUGAGAGAUGUGUAUAGACUAGACUGAUAUGCUGAAACACUCUGGGUUGACUUUUGUACUCCAUGUAUGAAAAUUAAGGCCUGAUCAAAAAAAAAAAUCAAAAACAAAAAAAGACAAAUGGGUUCCUUUUUUUUUUGGUGGUCUUGUGUUAGACUACAUUACUACAGUAUCUGGUGUGCAAUCUGUGGUAGCUGAAUGUUCAUUGUGCAUUUGUGUUUAAGUACAACUACAUGCCCUCCUCCUUCCUUGUAGAGUAACCCUGAACUGUACUGUUACUAUAAUGCAAUAGAUCUGGUACUCAUAUUUUUAAUUUAAUUUCAAUUAAAUCCUCGCUGUUUACCA